AUGGCGGUGGAGCUGAUGAUGAGCAGCUACGGUGGUGGUGGUGGUGGUGGGAGAGUCAAAGGAGGAGGAGACGACUUUUCUUCAAAAAUGGAAGACACCGCACUGAGAGAAGCGGCGUCUGCUGGGAUUCACGGCGUGGAGGAGUUUCUUAAACUAAUCGGUCAAAGUCAACCGACGGAGGAGAACCAGACGGAGUUAACUGCUGUGACGGACGUCGCCGUCAACAGCUUCAAGAAGGUGAUUUCUCUCCUCGGCAGAUCUAGAACCGGACACGCGAGAUUCAGACGAGCCCCGACCACGCCGAAAACAGAAGAAGAUCGAGGUGACUGUAAAACGGAGGAGGAGAAGCCAGAAACCACCACCACCACCACCACCACCACCGUGAUUAACAGACAGAAAACAGAGCAGCACGGCGGAUCUGCGUUUAGAGUUUACUGUCCGACUCCGAUUCACCGCCGUCCUCCUUUAUCAAACAGCCAGAAUCAUACAAAGAACGGUUCGUCUUCUUCUCACGGGAAACCCCAAGAGCCGCCGCCGCCUCCGCCGCCGUCGUCAACGAUAAACUUUGCGCCGUCUCCACCUGUCUCUGCGGCGAACUCGUUCAUGUCGUCUCAUAGAUGUGAUACAGACAGUAACCAGAUGUCGUCAGGAUUCGAGUUCACAAACCCAUCGUCUCAGGUCUCGGGCUCGAGAGGCAAACCUCCAUUAUCAUCAGUUUCGUUGAAGAGAAGAUGUAACUCCGCUACUUCCAGUCGUUGCCAUUGUACCAAGAAAAGGAAAUCAAGAGUGAAGAGAGUGAUAAGAGUUCCUGCGGUAAGCAGCAAGAUGGCUGAUAUUCCUUCUGACGAGUUUUCAUGGAGAAAAUACGGUCAAAAACCAAUCAAAGGCUCUCCUCAUCCCAGGGGAUAUUACAAGUGCAGCAGCGUGAGAGGAUGUCCGGCGCGUAAGCAUGUGGAGCGUGCACUCGACGAUGCGAUGAUGCUUAUCGUGACGUACGAAGGAGACCACAACCACGGUUUGGUGCUCGAGACUAGUUCGCCGCUUCCUGACAAAGCUCUUUAA